CCCCACUUACCGGGCUCCCCCGGCUCUGCGUCCCGCCUGGCGCUCUCGUUUGAAAAAUUUUAAACGUGGCCGAGAAGGAAAGGGUUAACCGUUGUUUUAAAUAUUCAUAUCAUUGUUUUAAAGGUGUAAACAGACGGCUUCAGGGUUGGAAUCGAGUGCUUAUUAUGCAACCCCCCUCCCCAUUAAUAAUUACUCAUUUCCCCGAGUCCCCCCCCCAUCCCCUCCAAAAAAAUGUAAGAAUUUAUUUUUAGGAUUCAGAUGUGAUGUGUGUGAUUUACGUCCCUUGUUCCAUUUGGAACUUUUAAAACUCGAGUGCCUUCUGGGCUUAAGGUGUUUUGAACUUUUUUCCCCUAAAAUGUCUGGGAAGAUUUAAGAGGAAGUUAGUCCCCUGAAUUCCAAAUUCCCCUCGGCUUUUUUUUUGGAUAGAGAUUGGAGGUAGGAAAAUAACUGGAUGCCUCGUGAGUUGGAUUUUUUUUUUUCCUGGUAGAAGCGAGGCGGUGUUAAAUGCGAGGCAUUUGGUGAGGAAAGGACUGUUGUUUUUGUUCCAAACCCUUCCAAGUCAAAGUGCUAUUGGACUUCUCCUAACUCUAAAAUGGCUUCAAAAUUCCCAUCUCCGCAGCUUGCUUAGGUUUCCUGGCUCCCUCCUUUUGGGCAGGUGGUUCUCUUGGAAUGUGGGAAGGUUCGCUCCUUUACAGUUGGAGGUUUCAAACCGAAAUCACUGCUCACCCCCAAACAUGUUUUUGUAAAGACGGUUUGGAUUACUGCCCAAAUUCAGGCUUUGUGAGAUUUAUUUUAAAUGAGUGAUGUGCUUCCCAGGGGAUCGAAAACUCUAUAAAGGGGAAUUAUGUUCUUAAUCAUAAGUUUUAUAGGGGAAACUGACCCUAAAACUUGGGGCGUCUGUAAUUCUAUGCCUAAUAAAGUAUCAGUCUGGAAGUUUGUAAACCCCGGGAGCACAUGCAAGGUUUUGGUUUAGCCCCAAAGGCUUCAAACUUAGAAAGGUUUGUUCCAGAAACUUCCAGUGGUACCAGGUACCAUAAAUGCUAGUGAUUUAGUCCAGUUUAUUUUAUCACUUUAGGUCUGCAGUGAAACAGUAAUGAGCAGUAGCAUAUUUUGUCAGUGAUGUGUGUGUACUAGUUUGUUGGGCGAGAUGUUUGCUUUCUAGGAAACAGUGCUGCGUUAAAACAUCAGAGAACUUUCCUUGCUCUCUAAAAGAAAAUGAGCCUUGCUGUGUUAAAACAGCCAUUCCAGUUUUCAAGUUGUCUUCUUUACUGAGGCUUCCUUUUAGUUUGAGGUCGAAUCGUGUACUUCUGGCUCAGAGUGAAAACCUAUUUUUCUAAAAUUGAAUUUAGCAUCAUAAAGAAUUUCAUCCACUGACUAUCCAGUAACAUCCUUUUCCUGGAAAGGGCCUAUCGGGCGCUUUAUUUUUCUGUGUAAGAUAGCAGAAGAUACCAGAAGGUUUUCCAGAAAAGUCAUUUUAGCCAGGACAUCUAAUUUCUCAGCCAUAGUGCUUCCUGCUUGACAGAUGAAGUGAUUAUAAGUUUUCUCACAAUGCUGCCCGCUAAAGAACCUUUGGGACUUUUUGCUCAAAAAUAGCACUCUGUCCUGUAAGCCCAGCUGGCCUGUAGUUCCAUCUUCAGUGCUGCCCCUCAGAGCCACGAGUGUGACACCACAGAUAUCUUCUUAUGUAGAAGAGGUCUCUAAUGCUGUGGUCAUUUUUUUAAGUGACUUACUCUGGUUUGUGCAUCGCUGUGAUAAACUUGUGGCCCCAGAUCGCUGUUUUCCCUGUGGUCUUGGUGAUUUCACUGUCCUGUGUACAACUUGAUUGUUGGCAAGUACUGGUGAGGUCUCUUAAUGGUGUCUUUGUGUUUCGGUUCUCUCCAGGUGGAUCUGUAAAGAAAGCAGCCGCCUAGGAGAGGGAGGAGAGGUGCCCAGCCGCAGGGUGUGUGCACCCAAGAACCAUGUCUGCGCGGGAGUCCUUUAACCCAGAAAGUUAUGAAUUGGAUAAGAGCUUCCGGUUAACCAGAUUCACUGAACUGAAGGGCACCGGCUGCAAAGUGCCCCAAGAUGUCCUGCAGAAAUUGCUGGAAUCCUUACAGGAGAACCACUUCCAAGAAGAUGAGCAGUUUCUUGGAGCAGUUAUGCCAAGGCUUGGCAUCGGGAUGGAUACCUGUGUCAUUCCCCUGCGGCACGGUGGUCUUUCCUUGGUUCAGACCACAGAUUACAUUUACCCCAUCGUCGAUGACCCUUACAUGAUGGGCAGGAUAGCCUGUGCCAACGUCCUCAGUGACCUCUACGCCAUGGGGGUCACCGAAUGUGACAAUAUGCUGAUGCUUCUUGGAAUUAGCAAUAAAAUGACCGACCGGGGUUUUAAAGAUGCAGCAGAGGAGGCAGGAACUUCUGUGACGGGCGGCCAGACCGUGCUCAACCCCUGGAUUGUUCUCGGAGGCGUGGCCACAACCGUCUGCCAGCCCAACGAGUUUAUCAUGCCGGAUAAUGCGGUGCCGGGGGACGUGCUGGUGCUGACGAAGCCCCUGGGGACGCAGGUGGCGGUGGCCGUGCACCAGUGGCUGGACAUUCCUGAAAAAUGGAAUAAAAUCAAGCUAGUGGUCACCCAGGAGGACGUGGAGCUGGCGUACCAGGAGGCGAUGAUGAACAUGGCCAGGCUCAACAGGACAGCGGCCGGACUCAUGCACACGUUCAACGCCCACGCGGCCACCGACAUCACGGGCUUCGGGAUCCUGGGCCACGCACAGAACCUGGCCAAGCAGCAGAGGAACGAGGUGUCCUUUGUGAUUCACAACCUUCCUGUCCUGGCCAAGAUGGCAGCCGUGAGCAAGGCCUGCGGGAACAUGUUUGGCCUCAUGCACGGGACCUGCCCAGAGACGUCAGGAGGCCUUCUAAUCUGUUUACCACGUGAGCAGGCAGCUCGGUUCUGCGCAGAGAUAAAGUCCCCCAAGUACGGUGAAGGUCACCAAGCAUGGAUUAUUGGGAUCGUGGAGAAGGGGAACCGCACGGCCAGGAUCAUAGACAAACCCCGGAUCAUCGAAGUUGCGCCGCAGGUGGCCACCCAGAAUGUGAACCCCACACCCGGUGCCACCUCUUAAUCUAGGCCGAGGCAGCUGUGUGGUUUUGUUUUUAAAUAGCUCUAUUUCCUUUAUCAUCAUUUCAAUUAAAGACUGUAAACAACAACGAAAAAUUUCAUUGUGUCUACACAUCUGGUGACCUUAGGCCGAUUUGUGAGUGGAUGCAAUUAAUAAAAUAAAAUCCAUUGCCUUUUUUUCCUGUUACAUUAACUGAAGAUGCACCUAAUCUUGAGGCAGCUUCUGAGUUGAGAAUUAUAUUGUUAUCCAAUACUGUUGAUUCAUUUUGAAUCUUUAGACACUUAUCUCUUUGCCGAGUAGGCUCUUUUUAAAGGUGCUUUCACGUAGCACAGACAUUACCCGUUGUGGUGUCUAAUGGCAGUUUGCGUCUUUUCAUUUCAUGUAUAUUUAUCAGUAUCAGUCUGAUCCUUUUUUGGAAGUGUCUGGAAUGAUAUUCUGGAAAGGCAGGAUUGGUGAGUGACACAAUGGUUUCCCAGUAGCGAGAGGGUUGCAUGAUUCUUCUAAUUCAAGAGCAUCUCUUUGACCCAGGCCAUCUCCCAAGAGUGCAUUCAGUUAAACAAGGCAAGUGCUUAACUCUGCAUGGAAAGCACUUUGAGGACAAAAAAGAAAUAUUAUUUCUUUUUUUGUAGCCUUCCUAAUACUUACAGUGAUACCAUUAACUGUUUUCUUUAUUGAUAGCAAAAAAAGGACACUUUUUGCAACGUAAUUAGGUAUUCAAUAGUGCAGCAAGGAAUUGUCCCCCGAAAGGGGGUUCAUGUAUAAUACUCAUUUACAAGUCAACCUAUAAUUAACUGCACAGAUCAUUUUUUAAAUAUAAUCAGUAAUAAAGACUGUUCCGUGGAUGGUAGUGUUUAAUACAUUUUAUAUUUUGUAUAGUGAUUUCAGGCCUUUUGUUUUCUUAAAAUCAGCAGCUCUUUAGCCUAAUUCUUAGCAUUAUUUUGUCCUUUGCGCCGUAGUUUUCCGUACACGCUUUCUGUGAUCUUGUGUGGAAACCCGCAUCGCCAACCAUGCAGCUCAAACCAAGACUUGUUAUUCAAAUAAAUAUUUAAUUUUUUUUAUUGCUCUUGUAUAAUCAGAUGCCCCUGAAUUUAGUAUUAUUUUAGAAGCAUCGGGAGGGUUUUGGCUAAAAUACGGUUUAUUGGGGGAAAACUAGAUUUUAGUUUUAUAAAACUUUCAAGUCUUUCACGGGACCUAUAUUUUCUUGAAUUGAAUUUUAUAGUCCUAGGACAAAUAGGCGAUCUAAAAAGGUGUUCAUCUGUGUUACUUAAAAGCAGAGGCUUCCUUAUAUUCUCACCUACUAAACGAUUAGGAAGAGUCCUGUCUUCAAGCACAAGUGCACUGACUUCCCGAGUGUCUGCGCUCAGCGUCGCGGCCCGCUUCUGAACCCUCCCUGCAUGCAGGCGCCAGACCCGAGAGAACGGCUCAACUUAUUGCCAAAGGAAACCACCGCUCGGGAGGCCCUGGAAGAGGCUCUGCCUUGGACGUGUCCUCCAGGAGCCAAAGUGCAGCCUCCUCGCACGUGUCCCUGGAGCCCAGGCCACACUCUCGUUCGGCGUGCGGGACUUGAGGGGCUGCCGCAGAACUGAAAUUAAUUGAAAUUAAUUGGACAUGUUAUAGGGAUUGAUGCCCAUGUUGGUCCUCAAAAGCUGCAAUCCGGUGGUCUGCAAAAUAAAAUGUGUUGGAAACCUCUGAGUAAGA